UUGUCCGUCUCUCUGGAUUUAGUUGUCCAAGUAUACAUGCAAACUUUCAUGUGAACAUAUAACAUUUUAUACAUCAACAAGAGAGACAAAAACUCAUACACCGCAUAAAACUUGUACAAACAAAUAGAGACAGGGAAAGAAAAUAGAGAAAACGAUCUGGGGGUGAGUGAAUUGAAAGCAAAAAAAAGAAAGAAAAAAUAGCAAGGUUGUAGAGAAAUGUUGGCAGGGUGUUCUAGUUCAACAUUGCUGUCACCUAGGCAUAGAUUGAGGAGUGAAUCGUCUGCACAGUUUCAAGCUUGCCAUUUCCCAACUUCGAUGAGCACACAGAGACUGGACUUGCCAUGUAGUUUUUCUCGCAAGGACACUGCUUCAAGGUCACAGCCCAUUAGGCCUGUUGGCCUUUCAGUAGAGAAACCGAUUGAAUCCAAGACCGGCGGUUGUUCUCUCAAGCAGAAUAUCCGGCUGCCACCAUUGACUAUUGCCGCGCAGAAUCCAUUCCAAGGACGGGGAGAGAUCAAGGAUGAGCUUUGGGAGAAAGGGAAAUGUUUGAAGAGGUUUGCCGAGGGUUUCAUUGAUGAGUCAGUCAUUAACAGGGCCAAGAGGAAAAAGGGUAGCUGUCAUAAUCAGAUUUCGGGUGAUAUUGAUGAAGGUGGUGGAGAUAGUUUGAGUUUGGCUGCAGAUUUUUGGUUUCAACCAGGUUUUAAUCGACAAAGUGCUCCUCAAGUUCGUUUCUCUCUGACUUGUUCAGGGGAUGAAGAAAGGUCGUGUUUUAUGCCUAGUGAAGUGAUUUCACCGCCUUUGCCAUCGUCUAACAAUCCUUGGACCGAAUCAGUAAUAACUGAUAUCACUGAUGUUGGGGAAAAAGAUGUAGAGACAACCCACAGGCCGGUAAAGGAAGCUUCGGGAUCGAGUACUUCUUCGGAGAGUCAUAGUAUGGGACUUCGGUUAAACGAACAAGCCACAGAAUAUGAAGUGGGCAACGGGUCAGGGAAUCCUCGCCGGCAUGAGGGUGCUGGUAUGGGUGCUUAUGAGGAGGAGAACAACCACGAGGAGCAUCAGGGGUUCGAGCUUGUUCACUUACUUACAGCUUGCGUUGAAGCAAUUGGAUCAAACAACAUUGCAGCAAUCAAUCAUUUUAUAGCUAAGUUGGGUGAUCUUGCUUCUCCAAGAGGAAGUGCUAUAAGCCGCCUAACUGCUUACUAUACUGAAGCUUUGGCUCUUCGAGUCACGAGGCUUUGGCCUCACAUUUUUCACAUCACAACUCCUCGUGAGCUUGAUUGGGUCGAUGACGACAAUGGUGCCACAUUGAGGCUCUUGAAUCAGAUAAGUCCAAUUCCGAAAUUUGUUCACUUCACAUCAAAUGAGAUAUUGUUGAGAGCCUUUGAAGGGAAAGACAGGGUUCACAUAAUAGAUUUCGACAUCAAGCAAGGGCUUCAGUGGCCUAGUUUGUUCCAGAGUUUAGCUGCAAGGACUAAUCCACCAAGCCAUGUUAGAGUUACCGGGAUUGGUGAGUCAAAGCAAGAAUUGAAUGAAACGGGAUACAGGCUCUCGGGAUUUGCCGAGGUAUUGAAUUUGCCUUUCGAGUUCCAUCCAGUUGUGGACCGGUUAGAAGAUAUAAGGUUAUGGAUGCUUCAUGUAAAGGAGAAAGAAACUGUAGCUGUGAACUGUGCGUUCCAAUUGCACAAGACACUUUAUGAUGGAAAUGGAGGAGCUCUGAGGGACUUCUUGGGACUUAUUCGUAGCACGAAUCCUACGGUGGUCAUCAUGGCCGAGCAAGAAGCUGAACAUAAUGUACUCAGCUUAGAAGCAAGGGUAGCCAAUUCAUUGAGAUACUACUCAGCCAUUUUUGACUCGAUUGAUUCAAGCCUUCCCAUGGAGAGUCCAGUUAGGAUCAAAGUAGAGGAGACGUUUGCAAGGGAAAUCCGGAGCAUAAUUGCUUGUGAAGGAAGAGACAGGGUCGAAAGGCACGAGAUUUUCGAGAAGUGGAGGAAGUUGAUGGAGGAAGGAAGGUUCCGAUGCAUGGGAAUUACAGAGAGAGAAGUGGGGCAGAGCCAAUUGCUGCUAAAGAUGUACUCUAGUGAGAAGUACAAAGUGAAGAAGGAAGGGCAAGAUGGAGGGGCGCUGACUCUAAGUUGGUUAGAUCAGCCACUAUAUUCAGUCUCAGCUUGGACACCCAUUGAUGUUGCAGGCAGCUCAUCCUCAUUUCCUCAGCCAAGGGAUUCUUUGUAGGAAGAGAAAUCGCUCAUUAUUCUUUCAUUCUUUUGUUGCAUACAGAAACUUCAUACAUAC